AUGGGCUGUGCGUCCGUGGUCCUGGUGGUCGAGUCGAUCAAGAGUCUGGCCAAGGGCCCCGCCUCCGCCGACCAGCGCCUCCACAUCCCCGCCAUCGCCGCAGACGGACAGGUCCGGGUGCUCUGGAAGGACCAUUGCAACGAUCUCUUCAUCAAUGGUCAGUCUUCUACCCCCGACCAUUGUACUGUCUUCUCAUCUCGCAGCCUUAACCUCAUCCUAACUACAUGGAAAGCCUUCGGGAUCUUCACGAACGCCGCCGGGGCCAAUAUCCAAUGGUGGAUCGACCCGCUGGGCGCAAUGCUUAUCUCCCUUGCCCUCAUCAUCCUGUGGAGCGUCAGCAUUACUCAAGAACGAUGGCGGUUAUUGAAGAUGUUCUAA